CGCACAAACGUCACUUUAACGUAUAACCUCAAAAACAACGUGCCUUCAAAACAUCAAAAAUGUGCAGUGUCGGCGAUGAAAACUUUGAAACCGAAGAAGAAAAAUGCAUGCCAGCCGGAGGAAAAAUAACUCUUGCCAACACAAAGUGUAAUAAAUGCAGGGAAAACGAUCCCAUAGUGGUGCUUCGUAGCAAAGAUGCAUAUUGUGAGGCAUGUUUUUUGGCCGGGGCUACACAUAAGUUUAAAGCUCUGCUUGGAAAACACAAACUUAUCAGGCCUAAUGAUAAAGUUUUGAUACACCAUCAAAUCGGGCAUCCUAGCACCGCGUUAUUGCAUUUUUUAAGGUGUGGGUUGGAUUUAACAACACAUAAGAAGCUGAGAUUUGAUGUUAUUUUUGUUUACGUUGAAGAUAAUAGUCAGUUUACAGUUGAUUAUAGAAAAGAAGUUUUAAAGAAGAUUGAAAAUGAAAUAAAAUUAUUCAAGUUUGUCAUAAAAUUUGUUUCUUUUAAUGAUUAUAUUGUAAAUAAUAAUAAAUUAGGUGACAUAGUCGACAAUCCUGAUAAUUUAACGUUAAAUGAAGAUGAUAAAAUAAAUAUAAACAAUAUUUUUGUGAGCAAACUUAAUAAAACCAACAAAAAUGAUAUUCUGCACAUAAAAAAACGUAAUUUAUUAAUUGAAAUUGCUAAAAACUUAAACUGUAAGUUUAUAUUAACCCCUGAAAUAUCUAGUGAUAUAGCUUCUCAGUUAUUGGGAGAAAUAUCAUUGGGAAGGGGGUCUCAUGUCCCAAUUGAUACAGGUUUUUGUGAUGACAGAAACCAAGAUGUUAAAAUACUAAGACCACUCAGACUAUUUGACAUGAAAGAGCUAGCAUUUUACAAUAAACUUAAUAGUUUAGACCCAAUUUCUAUAAAACAAACAGAAAUAAAUCCUUAUAGUUCUGUACAAGACCUAAUGAAGAAGUUUGUAAAUGAUUUACAAGUUAAUUACCCAGCCACUGUAACCACUAUUAUGAAAACUGGGGAUAAAUUGGCUAUAAAUGAUAAUGGCAAACAAAAAUGCCAACUUUGUAUGGGUCCAAUUUUAAACAGUAAUGAGGAAUUGUCAUCUGCAGAAUCAACAAGCUUUUCCCAUUGGGUUUCCACCCAAAAACCGGAUAACUCCAAGGAAAAAUCAAGGCAGGAAAAAUAUGACAGCAUAUUGAAACAUUACAAAGUAUCAGAAAAUAAUAAUUAUUGUUAUUCCUGUAAAAAAAUAGAGGGUUCAAUAAAAAGCUAAUAUAA